AUGGCUGCCACGUCGCUCAGCUGGUCGAAUCGCGUGCUCUCAGGCCCCGCUUCGCGAGACGCAGUGUCGCUUGCUUCUCACAAGUUCCCAAGCAAGAGCACAGCAUCGAGUCGCGUGGUACCGGUUCAAUCCCGAAAUGCCGCGAGGAGGUCCGUACUUCAAGUGGAAGCGCGAGCCAUUCUAGACUUCUUCACCAAGCGAGGCGCCCCGGAAAGCGACUCGGGAGAGUUCCGAGAAGGAUGGGCGUAUGCUCCGUGGGAAAGGGUGCGGCUCGGUCCGUUCUCAGUUUCCCCCAUGGGUCUCGGGACCUGGGCGUGGGGAAAUAAGUUCCUGUGGGGGUACGACAAGGCGAUGGACGAGGAGCUUAAGGAGGUAUUUGACCUGGUCGUGUCGCGCGGGAUUAAUAUCUUCGACACGGCUGACUCCUACGGAACUGGAGCGCUUAGCGGCCGCAGCGAGCAGCUACUGGGCCAAUUCAUUAAAGAGUACCCUGGCAGUGACAAGUACCGUAGUGACAUCCGCAUUGCCACCAAGCUCGCCGCGUAUCCCUGGCGCCUCACCCCCGCACAGAUGGUGGGCGCCUGCAGGGCAUCACUGGAUCGCCUGGGCUUGGAGAAGCUGGCGAUAGGGCAGCUGCACUGGUCUGCUGCCAACUAUGCUCCGUUGCAGGAGAGGGUGCUGUGGGAUGGGCUCGUCGCCAUGUACGAGGAGGGCCUGGUGGAGUGUGUGGGGGUGAGCAACUAUGGCCCACAGCAACUCGAGCGAAUCUACACCUACCUGCAGGAACGGGGAGUGCCGCUAGCUUCGGCACAGGUGCAAUUCUCCCUCCUGAGCUCGGGUGAAGAGCAGGACGAUCUGCUGGCCUUCUGUGAGGCCAAUGGCAUCCGCGUUAUAGCAUACUCCCCUCUCGCUCUCGGCGUGCUCUCAGGAAAAUACAGUGCUGACAACCUGCCGCAAGGCCCAAGAGGUAUUUUGUUCCAACAACUGCUGCCCGGCCUGGACCCUCUUCUUGGCCUCAUGACGGAAAUCGGGGAAAAGCGAAACAAAACUCUGCCCCAGGUAGCGAUCAACUGGUGCAUGGCCAAGGGCACAGUCCCCAUCCCAGGAGCGAAGACCGUCGAGCAAGCCAAGGAAAAUCUGGGAGCGCUUGGCUGGCGGCUGUCGUCCAAUGAGGUUGCAGCUUUGGAUGACGCUGCUGCUGAGGUGCCACGGCCUAUGAUCCAAAAUAUCUUCCAAACCAAGUGA